AUAAGUACCAAAUCACUGUACCAGAUACAUAACAGUACUAAUAGUAGAGCAAAAUAGGAGAAGCGCCUUACACCAACACGUUUGUACGUGUCGGUGGAUCUGUUUAAAGUCUGAAAGGAAUCGUAGUAUUUCGUGAAAAUGUCAUCGUUGUUAAAAAAUUGUUGGAGGCUCUCACGAAGUCUUCCUGUUUCAACAUCAAUAUGUUAUCCAAAAGUUUUCCCUUCGAUAAGGACAUACACUACGGAAACUGAAAAACCAGAAGCACGACCAACAAUACGUCAAGUCACAACAGAAUUGACAGAGUUGAAAGAUAUGGGUGCAUACAUUUCUGCAUGCCUUCCCAAGUACGUGCAGAAAGUUCAGAUAGUUACUGGUGACGAACUCGAGGUAAUGGUUUGUCGAGAAGGAAUCUAUCCAACAAUGAAAUUUUUAAGAAAUCAUCAUCAUACACAGUAUACUUCAUUAUCAGAUAUUACUGCAGUAGAUGUCCCUUCCAGGAAAUAUAGAUUUGAAAUCGUUUACAAUCUUCUUUCCCUAACAUUUAACUCCCGUAUUCGAGUUAAAACUUAUACAGAUGAAUUAACACCUGUAUCAUCAGUAGAGGAAGUCUUUGACGCUGCCAACUGGUAUGAACGAGAAGUCUGGGAUAUGUUUGGUGUACUUUUUGAAGGUAAUACGGAUCUCCGUAGAAUUCUUACUGAUUACGGUUUCGAGGGGCAUCCAAUGAGAAAAGAUUUCCCCCUUAGCGGUUUUGUCGAGGUACGCUACGACGAUGAAUUAAAGAGAGUUGUAUGCGAGCCGCUGGAAUUGACGCAAGAAUUCCGCAAAUUUGAAUUAUCUGCUCCCUGGGAACAAUUCCCUAAUUUCCGUGGAAUCGCUCCUCCUACCGAAGAAACUGAGAAGACAGAACCGAAGGAUCCUAAAGAUAAGAAGUAAAUUUAUUUUAGGAAUAAUAAACCUAUAGAAAAAGGGAUAUAUAA